AUGCUGUGCAGAGGUGCUGCCCUGCUACCUGGCUGGGAAACAGCACCCGUGCAGGACAGCAGCGCUCGCUACCGCUUGUCUGCAAGUCCAGCAAGUUCACUGAGAUACAGAGAUAGAAAAAAGGCAAUUAUCAGUCAGCAGUGCCCUCGUGGCCAGGAGCGCUGCCAGCAGGUGAAGGGAGGGGAUCCUGCCCCUCUGCUCAGCUCUGGGGGGGAGGCACCUGCAGUACUGUGGCAGUUCUGGGCUGCCCAGGACAAGAGGGACGUGGAGCUUCUYGAGAGGGUCCAUCAGAGAGCGACAAAGAUGAUUAAAGGACUGGAGCAUCUCUCGUGUGAGGAGAGGCUGCGUGAACUGGGUCUGUUCAGCUUGGAGAAGAGAAGGCUGAGAGGGGAUCUGAUUAACAUGUAUAAGUACAUGAAGGGAGAAUGUAAGGAGGAARGGGCCAAGCUCUUCUCAGUGGUGGCCAGCGCCAGGACAAGGAGCAAUGGGUGUAAGUUGAAACACAGGCAGUUCCAYCUCCAGGUGAGGAAGAACUUCUUUACAGUGAGRGUGACAGAGCAGUGGAACAGGCUGCCCAGGGAGGUUGUGGAUUCUCCUUCUCUGGAGGUCUUCAAAACCCGC